GCCUGUCAGUGUCAGUGGAUGGGUGGCCUGGCCAAAACAACCAAAUUCAUCCAACACAAAAAAAAUAAUUACAUUGCUCCACUUUUAAGAGUUUUAAGAUUUUUAUGUAAAUUGUAAUAAAAAUGGAGGAAGAACAAUGCUUACACGAAUGUGAGAGUUAUGUGCAAAGUCAUAAUAUUCAGCUGCUGCUCAAAGAUUGCAUUGUACAGCUUUGUGUAAAUAAACCAGAGAACCCCGUUUCCUUCUUGAGACAAUAUUUCCAGAAACUAGAACGGGAGCAGGUCAAAGCUGCUGCAGCUGCAGCAGCUGCAUCAGAAGGAGAAGCUGAUGGCGAACUGUCACCUCUGCCUGUUCCUGGAGUUCAACCGUCCCGACGGCGUGGUGGUAUCAGUGCCGAGCCUGUAACAGAAGAAGAUGCUACUAGCUAUGUCAAAAAGGUUGUGCCAAAAGAUUACAAAACUAUGGGUGCUUUAUCACGAGCAAUAGCGUCGAAUGUACUAUUCACACACCUUGAUGAGUCAGAGAGAGCAGAUAUGUUUGAUGCAAUGUUUCCAGUCCAAUGUCUUCCAGGAGAGACAGUUAUUAGACAAGGUGAUGAAGGAGAUAAUUUUUACAUAAUUGAUUCUGGUGAUGUAGAGGUUUUAGUGAACGGUGAACCGGUGACUACCAUCGGGGAAGGCGGUAGUUUCGGUGAGCUGGCUCUGAUAUACGGAACGCCGCGCGCCGCUACAGUGCGCGCGCGAACGCCGCUCAAGCUGUGGGGGCUGGACCGCGACUCGUACCGCCGCAUACUAAUGGGCUCCACGAUCAGGAAGCGGCGGAUGUACGACGAAUUCCUGUCGCGCGUAUCCAUAUUGGAGAGCUUAGAAAAAUGGGAGCGGUUAACAGUAGCAGAUGCGUUAGAGCCUGUGUCUUUCACUGACGGCGAAAUAAUUGUUCGCCAAGGUGAACCUGGAAACGACUUUUACAUCAUUGUAGAAGGUUGCGCAGUGGUGCUGCAGCAGCGCAGCGGGCAGGGCGCGGCGGUGGAGGUGGGCCGGCUCGGGCCCUCCGACUACUUCGGAGAGAUCGCGCUCCUGCUCGACCGGCCGCGCGCCGCCACCGUGCGCGCCGCCGGCCCGCUCAAAUGCGUCAAGCUGGACCGCGCCAGAUUCGAAAGAGUGCUGGGUCUGUGUGCUGACAUCUUGAAAAGAAAUAUUGCACAAUAUAAUAGUUUUGUAUCGUUAUCUGUGUAGGAAAACAUGUGUUCAAAUAAGUGUAAUCACGAUUAACAUUUAUAGGUGGAUAAAUAAUAAAUGGGUGUCUAAUAACCUAAUGAAAAAGGGAUUUUUGCGUGAAGCAUAAUACCAUUUACAACAUUAUCCAAAAAGUUAUGUUAAAACUUCUUUGUUACUUUAUUAUUUAUGUUCUAUUUAUCUGUUAACAUUAUAAUAAGCUAAGAAUAUUCUUUCUUGUGCGGUUAUUUGGCUAGCUAAGCUCAAAUAUUGGGAUGCCUUGCGCUUAAUCCGAUAAAUAAACGGUUUUUUACCAUGAACAUCUACCCUGAAUGCUGCCUAUCAUAGCUCUAAACCAAGUAUUGACUGUAAAUUAGAGACUGAGGAGUUCAAAAUUGUACCUUAUAUAAAAUCCAGCUUCCCAAAGUAAUCACUAUCCUAAGUUGGCGAUAAAGUUUAUAAAAAAACUUGUGCAAUGUUGAGUAUAUGGGGUAGUGUGCUAAUAUUUAUUAUACGGAAUCUCGACACUUUUAAUAAAUUUCGUUGGUACCUACAAAUUUUAUGCAGGUAAAUUUCAUUAUGAGAACGAUUUUUAAACUAGUUUUGUUUCGACAAAACACCUUGUAUACCAGUCAUUUGUAUUCUUGCCUCUUGGACUUCCUUUUCAGGAAUGCGAUCAUUUCGGGAAUAAUAUUUUUUUCGUUUUACUUAAUAUUACGAUUCAAGUAAUACACAGGGUGUAAAAUGAUCCUCGACACAGCGGGAGCCAAAGAUAUACAUAAAAAUAAGAAACUUUGAAAAACAAAAUUGCUGGGAAACAUUAUUUAUUAGUUAUAAUAGUUGAAUCCUUGGAAGGUGCGCUUACAGUCGAGAUACAUUGAGUGAUGUCUUUUAAAAGCCUUUUUUGUUUUACUGAACUUUAAUUAUUAAGUAUUUUCAUAAUUUAUGUUUCUUUGGACAGUAAUUAAGAAAUAGUAUUUAAAAUUUGUUUCCAUUAAUACCUUGAAAUAUUUUUUUUGCUUUGACCUUCAUUAACUUCAUAACCAAUGGGGUCGAUCUGGAAUGAUUCUCUAAACCUAAACUUAAAGGACAUUGGGCAAAAAUGUAUGGACGCUGCACCCACGUCCGCCACGGCUUACACUACAUUUGUUUGAAAGGUAUUAUAGUCAAGAUCAUCUGUGCCAAAGCUCAUCAAAUUCCAUCCCGGGGGUCUUUAGUUAUUUUAAGUUAAAUGUGUACAAGUACUAUAACGAACGAACAUUAAUGAAACAAGGGAAUUAAUUUAGUUAGUUCGACUCUACAUAGGGUGCUCAGGAAUUAUGGGAGUAACUUCACAAGGUGCAAGGGUGCCCCCUUAUGUUAUUCUGCCGCGCUAGAGUAAAUCCAAACAUCCCGAUCCCCGCAUGUGUUGGGUUUUUUUUAAACAUUCUGUUCGUUAUAGUAAAUUGUCCGUUUUAAAUAGAAGAUAUGUAAAACGGAGGGACCACAGAUUACACAAACUUGUCCACGCUUCGGAGAACACAUAAUUCCAGUUCAUCCAUACUAAUUGACAAAACCGAUAAUCGUGUUCCAAUAUCCAAAGCUUGUUAGAUAAAAAUCAAUUAAGUGCUCACAAUCACAACGAAGUAAGACGAGUCGACUAUUUGCAACUGCAAGUCCUUCAUCAUCCGUAAACCGUUUUGACAUGUCUCAGUAAGAGCAAGCGCAGGAUGGUCGGCAGGCUUUGUCGUGUAUCUGGUUGUAUAGUACGAUAUGGCAUAUUAUUACGAUUACUAAUAAUAUAAAAUGAAGGUACUAUAAAAUGAAUUUAUUCAGCUACUUAAAUAUGUCCAUGUGUUAUAUCUAUUGACUACCAGGAUAUUUUUUACGGUGUCAUAUCUUUUGACUCCCAGGAUAUUUAUUUUCGGUGUCAUAAUAAAAAGGGUAGUUUUUCAUAGAUUUAUCGAUUCAUACUUAUUACAUUGUUGGCGGAGCUGGGUGCGUUUUGCCCAUUGUCCUUUGACAACAGUUUAUCCUUGUCAUUAUUUAUAAAGAAUGAAAAGGGGAAACUGAUGUUAAAUUUAGUAUGAUUCUCUAAACGUAAACUUAAAUUUAACAACUGUUUAUCCUUGUCUUUAUUUAUAAAGAAUGACAAGGAUAAACAUUUAGUUUUAAGUUUAGACAAUCAUGCCUGAAUCGACACCAUUGAUUCCCUAGGUAUAGUCUUAAAGACAGGCCCCUCUUUCCCAGUGGGCACUUUGUGCAAGUGCCUAGGGCGCCACGAUCGAUAGGGGCCCCCCUCAGAUCAAAUACAAAGUCCCUAGUCCUGUCAAAUCUCCAAACGGGGGUCACAGGGGCCCCAUUAUUCUAAUAUGCCCAGGGCCUCCAUUCUAAUAUGCCUAGGUCAAAGACGGCGCUGCUUAAAGACAAGAAUCCUAAUAAUGGGUACAAUACUUGGUAGUCUAAGGUCUUUUUACACCCUGUAUGUUUGUGAGUAUAAUGCUACAAUGAGAAUACAUUGUUUUGAACUGGACACGAUAAUAUUUUAAGCAUCUGUGUCUCUAUCUCUCACAUAUACAUUUCUUGUCAAUAUCAACAAAAACUUGGAUUAUGUUUUUGUAAUAUAACGGAUCCUGAGGGCUGUUAUUAUGUACAGUUAAUACAAACAUAAAACUGGAUAAAUAUCAUUUUGGAUUGUUGUUUUAUAUCGAUUGCUAAUAUUGAAAGAUGUACCAAUAAUAUGAAAUUAUUUUAUUAUCCACUUGUACCCUCAGAGUAAAUAUGUAUAUGCUCUAAAAGUUGUACCAUAUAAAAAUGUCGUUUAAACAUUUAAAUUAAUGCUAACUUAGAUAAAUAUUAUGGUAAUGUGCAUCUUUCAAUUAAUUGAAAUAAGCUACGGAAAUCAUAAAUUAAUAAACCAGAUCGACAAAAGCUUUAACAAAAUAUUAUAUUGCGAGCCCAUAAAAAUACUAAUAAAAUAACUGAAGGUUUGGAUAAAAGGCUGUGUCUCAGGAUGAAUAAAUGUCAACGUCAUAUCUAUAGUUACAAUCAUGGACUUAUAAAAAAGAGUCCCGGUAAACAAUAAACUGUGUCGCUCAGAGUCGGCCAGGUCGCUGUACGUACAAGCCGGCACGCACACAUUCACACAAUAGUCAGCCACUACGCGUGCAAACGUCAAAGCAGCCGACACGUUUCGUGGAGAUAAAAAAUAAGCUAAACAAGAUAUCUUGCUUGUAAAAAGGUGUAAAAACCGUAGUGACCGAAAGAAAAAAAAUCCAGGAAUCACGUUUCAUAGGUAAAUGAAUAAUUGAAUAACUUUUUUCUAGUUUUUAGAAAUUGAAAUCAAUUUUAAUUCUAAGGACAAAAUGAUUAAUCUAAAGUCCAGUGUUGCCAAUGUUCAUGUAACCAUAUUACCUAAAAUAUGCGAAAUUGGGUUGACAUUAACUUCAAUCUAUUAUUUAUUAUUCUUUUUUAUCAGAUUUCCUUAAGAAAAUGUAGUAUGGAGAAAUUACUGGAAAAUUAUUGAUUUCCAAACAAAUAUGUAGUAGUGUCAUUUUGUACUAUAUUAGUUAACACUGGUUUAAUUAUGAUAUAAAUAAAAGACUUCUAUUCCAUGUUGAAUUUAUUAAUUGAAAAGUCACUGUCACAUAAGUGUCAUCAAAUGUUGCCAUACAUAUAUCACACACAUUUUUAGUCUUCAUUUUGAAGUUCAAGACUUAUAUACAACUAAAGGAGGACUCCGGCAUGUUAUUACGUAUGCAUUACCUCAAAAGGUUGAUUAAAAUUUUUAACCGACUUCGAAAAGAAAGAGGUUCGCAAUGCGUCAUAUUUGUUUUUUUAUAUUGUUGUUCGCGCAGAUCUCCAAGAUUCAUGGACCGUUUAUGAUGAUUCUUUUUUUGUUUUAAUCAGUUUACUAGCGAGAUGGUUGCAUAUUAAUUUACUGGAGAUCUGAUGAGUACUUUCGGAGGAAAACAAUGGAACUCCUCAAUUACAAACAGUACUCAAUGGGUGUUAGUUUAUUUUAAGAAAUAUGAAAGAGAAUGCAGGCCAGGCCAUCUAUAUUUAGUUGAUUUACCCAAUAUUGAGAAAAUUCGAUAUAUUCUAGAAUUUCUCCUGAGUUCCGACUGUUAAAGUAACUUUGUUCUAGACUACUGGACUUGUUUUUUUCUUUUUAGUACAUUUUUUUAUUUACGACAAUUCAAUUUCAUUUUUUUUAAUUACACGAGUUGUAUAUUUUCUAAAUAUUCUUUUAAAACCCUUCACUUUGAUACCUCGCUUGACGGGUUAUAAAAAUACUUAUACUUUUUUUGCAUAAUGUUUCAUUUUGGCUCAUAAAAUCUGUUAUUUUGAUUUUUUGAAAUUUUAAUAUACCCCGUGCCACUCACACAAUCACGACUAAUCAAAUGACACCUCGCAUGUCAAAAUCCGUCAAGACGUUCAGGCUGUAGGGCGUGCCAAAUUAUUGGACAUACAUGCAUACAUAUGCUCAAAAAACAUUAUCCUCCGCAGUCGGACAAAAAGUAAAAUUUUGAACAAUCAAAAUAUUUUCACCUUUUUACUGUGUUUUAUUGGUAAAAAAUUGGCUAACCUAGCAACCCUACAAUUCACUCACUCAUCAAUAGCCGCCGCCAUUACGGUGCCUCAGUUUUGUCUUAGCCGAAACUCUGUCCGCCUUUUUUUAUACGUCCAUGGUUACAAUGUGAUGAAAACAGUCGCAUCAUUUUCUAACAACCAAUCACAAUAAGGAAAUGAAUAUAAACCAAUAGUAUUAGUUAUCAUCUGUCAAUGUCAAAUUGCAUCUAGCUAGAUAAUAACGUUUAUUUAAGCAGAUUCCCAUUGUACUUCAUUCAGAUUUUCACCAAAUUCUAUUGAAUUUAUAAAGAUCUUGAUGAGUGAGUCUUUUUAAGUAUAAUUUUAGAUAUUUUUAACAUAAUUUGUACCUAGGUACAAAAUUGGGCAGAAGUUAAAGGUUCAACAAAGAAUGACACAAACGUUUGUGUUAUCAUCAUAAAAAUAAAUCUGGUUGGAUUGCAUUAAUGGAUUUAUUCGCGUGUUUCAGAUUUUUAUUUUUCUGAAGCUUUAAUUAUUUAUAACUCAAAACUAUGCCGAUUUUUUCAUACUGUCGGAUAGUCUAUUACAGAUUAAUGUGUUUCGGAUACAGAGCCGGAUUUAGGAUUGUGGAGGCCCCGGGCCACUUAGGAUUUGUAUGCUUGUUGACCCAUCAAAAUUUUGUUAUUUCUUAAGCCGUUGUGGUGGCCCCUGGGCCACAGCCCCACCUGCAGUGCCUUUAGGCCCAGAGAUUAAUAUAAUCAAAUAAUCAUGUAUGUUAGAUGUACAAAGUACUGUAGGCCGUAGGUAAAGGUAAAAGAGCAAAAAAAAUAUCAAAGGAAAAGAUGUUUACUAGUGUUCACUAGUUGGAAUUUGAAAGUUUUUUUCCCCGAAGUCUCUAUUGUGGGGGCCCCCCGUUUGUGGAGGCCCCGGGGCUUUCCCCCCGGUUGCCCUCCCCUAAAUCCGGCAGUGUUCGGAUAUCAUGAAUAACUCAAUCUUGGAUUUUAGUCUUUCGCUAGACAGAUGGCGGGCCUAGAGAGCGAGACGAGGCGUUUUUAUUUUGAAUCUAGUCGCAAUACAAUAUAAACAAGGCUAGCCAACGCGUUUUAGGUCGCUUCGGUACAUUGUCUGUUUGGCAGUGGCAUUAAAGUUUCCGUGAUCUUCAAUGCUUAGUGACAUUGCAAAGCAUAGAAAUCUAAUAAGGAAGUGUUUCAAAUCAAUUGUAAAUAAAAAUAGAUUUGUGAUAGACGACAGGCUACAAUGAAAUUAUAUGAUUAGUUCUCUAACAAAGUUAUAUUAUUUAAAAGAAAAUCAACACAUUAGAAUUAACUUGCGUCUUCGAUGCUCUUACAAAAUUAUUCAGUUAAACCUUAAUUUCAUUUACUACUUGCUGAUCCAGGAAAUUCGUACCACUAUAAAAUAGAGGUUGGUGGUAGAAGAGUGAAAAUUUUGGAUUGUAAUGCCGAAUCAUGAGAAAAGUAAAAUAAAAAAAAACUUCGUAUUGCCCCCACGCGCUUCCAUUACUGCGUUUAUCCGGUUUAGCAUGGUGUACACCACAGAACACAGAAAGAGGUCUUCCUCUUUCUAUGUUCCGUGGUGUACUUGUAGCAAGAUUCUUAUACGAUUUUGGGGAAUAUUCUCCCAAUCCUCUGUGUUAUUGUUAUUCUCCAAUCUUGAGCUCACGAAGCGUAAUUGGGGGAGGGUUAUGUUGUUUUACGCAUCUCCCUAGCUCGUCCCAACAGCUAAAAAGAGCAAGGCCGGCUAUGCUGUCUGAAUGUGGUAGUGGACAGCAUUAAGGUUGGAGUGUAAACUCCUGACGUUGCAGAAAUCCACGAUAAAUGUGGCAGUGGGUGUUAUAUGACGCUUUUUGUGUUGAGUGCGGUUUCGCCCUCCCCACAACCUCGCCUCUCAAGGGCAACCUCGACGUCUACGUCCAAAAGGAUACAGUUCUGAGCGUGGAUAUUGAGAGCGGUAUCUUUCAACACGGAAGCAGCUGGCAUUCCCUGGGUGUUAUUCUGUUUAUCUGCGCCAUCAUGAAGAGAAGGGAGGAAGUAGUCUCACUCAGUCGGCGAAAUGCAGCACAUAGUACUACUUCACGCCGGUAUUUCUUGUGGUCGUGGUAUCACUAUAGCCAAGCCAGCCCACUCAUGCUGCAAACUAAGCCACUGCGCAGCUCUCCCACGACAAAGGACAAUGGGCAAAAAACACCCAGCUCCACCAACAAUGUAAACACAAUACUACAAGUUGAAUUUGGUACAGUACCAGGCCAUUAUUUUAUAAGUCACAUCGCUCUUUAGUUAAGUUAACAUUUAACCCAUACAUGACGACAUAUUCAGAUGGCGGAGGCUUAAACCGGCCCCCCGCGACAACCGGUUACCCUUGUAGCACAGCACUCCCCUUAGUUAACAUUGAUCAACUGCGAAUAAUUUUUCUAUUUUUUUGUGCUUACGAUCCGAAAAAAAGAUUGUGGCGGUGUAAAACCACUUUAAAAGUUUCACUUGCUUCAUGGUUUUAUAAAACCACAUUUUUUUUAAAUGUAAAUUCAUCUUUUUGUUCUGUGAAAAAGAUAAUUGUCGUAGAUGAUACUCAAAGAAUUUGACAAAACAAAAAAUGUGUCUGCUUUGGCUGUUGUACAGAACAGCCGCCGCCCUAAUUCAAUAGUUUAAUAAUCUUUGUGUUGUAAAUAGUAGUCCUAGUUAGUUAUAGGUGAAAUGUAAAAUUAUUGUUAUUUUGAUAAAAGAGUUGCGCAACAGUCAUUUCACGAUAGGUAGGUACACAUAUUCAGUAACACAACCUCGUUGUCGUCUUGCGCCGCGGCGUGCGGGGAAUCCCUAGACUUGCGUCUUUUUGGAAGUAUCGGGUGCGCACUCUGCCUCGUGCAGAGCGGUCUUUAGUGUCCACUCUCCCCCUCCCUGCCCUCGGCGCGGUCUAGCCCACCGGGUGCGACCCAUGUGGGAGGCCCGGUGAACGACCAGCGAGCAGGCGGUGGACUUGUGAUGAGGUGGGGGGGCUGGAUAGUCAUGUGGGGUGUUGUCUGUCUUUCCAUUUUGUGUGGAUGCAUGUGUGUAUCUAGAUUGUUU